AUGGAGUUUUUGGAUGGAAAAGAGGGGCGGCGGCGCUUCAAGUCGACGACGCGAACAGCUCAAGUUGGAGUCGGCGCAACUUGGUCCGUAGCUUCUGCCGUCGCCGGUCACCAGCCGUCAGCCGGAGAGGUCCGCCUCCCGGCGCGGGGCCCCGGCGACUCCCCGACCUCCGUCAUGGCGCCGACGUACCUGGACCGAGUGGUCUCGGAGAUCAUCGAGACCGAAAGGACGUACGUCAGGGACCUGCGGAUGAUCGUGGAGGACUACCUGGCCCAUAUCAUCGAGCGGGCGGAGCCGAGCGUCCGACCGGAGCAGGUGUGCUUCCUCUUCGGGAACAUCGAGGACAUUUACGAGUUCAACAGCGAGCUGCUUCAGGACCUGGACCUUUGCCGGCAGGACGCCGUGGCGGUGGCACGGUGCUUCGUGAGCAAGAGCGAGUAUUUUGAGAUCUACACGCAGUACUGCACCAACUACCCCAACUCGGUGGCGGCGCUGACCGACUGCAUGCAGGACAAAAGUCUGGCCGUGUUUUUCCGGGAGCGGCAGGCCGCCUCCGAGCGCCCGCUGCCGUUGGGUUCCUACCUGCUGAAACCCGUCCAGAGGAUCCUCAAGUACCACCUUUUGCUUCAGGAAAUCGCCAAACACUUUGACCCCGAGGAGGAAGGCUACGAGGUGGUGGAGGAGGCCAUCUGCACCAUGACGGCCGUGGCCUGGUACAUCAACGACAUGAAGCGCAAACACGAGCACGCCGUCAGACUGCAGGAGGUGCAGUCGCUGCUCCUAAACUGGAAAGGUCCGGACCUGACCACGUACGGCGAGCUGGUCUUGGAGGGAACCUUCAAGGUGCACCGCGCCAAAAACCAGCGUACGCUCUUCCUGCUGGAACGUGUGCUGCUCAUCACCAAACGACGUGGUGAACACUACGUCUACAAGACGCACAUUUCCUGCUCCGCCUUGAUGCUGAUCGAGAGCACCAAAGACAGUUUGAGCUUCAGCGUGACCCACUACAAGCGACCCAAGCAGCCGCACACCGUGCAGGCCAAGUCGGCGGAAGAGAAGACCACAUGGGCCCAGCAUAUCAAACGAGUCAUUCUGGAAAACCACCACGCCAUCAUCCCGCAGAAGGCCAAGGACGCCAUCAUGAACUCACGAUAUCCUCGCAGGUAUCGCCACUGCCCCGAACGGCUCAAGAAAGCGGAGUCCACCUCAUCGGAUGAGUUCCCUCGGCGACGCUCAGCAGAAGUCAACCGGGAACCAGAGCCCGGCAUUCCAGGACGAGUGGGCCUGCUGUCCGAGGAGACGGAGAGAAGUCGCCUUUCCUUCAAUGGUUCCAAUGAAGAAGGUGGUCUCGGUGAAGAGGAGGAGCUGGUGGCACCUUCUGAGCAGAUGUCCACAGAAGACCAAGUUUCGGCUUCAGAGUAUCCUCCGACGCCAGAGCGAGAUGAACCCGAACCGACGCGAACCGAAGGCCUGCAGUCCAAAGCCGGAAGCGGCGCGGAAUCUUCCUCCGACGAGGACGAUGAGAAGGAAGCCGACAAGAGCAUCUUGCCUUCGUCCGUCCUGGAUAAAGCGGGCGCCAUCGCUCGGCACUUUAGCGGCGUCAAGCCGGGCGCUCCUCCCCGGGACGACGUCCUCUUUUCUCCGAACUCGGCCGUCCGCCACCGUCUCAGUUUCGGCGGUGGAGCGCCGUCUUCUCCGGGCUGGGAUCGCGCGUUCGACGACGGCUUCGACCGAGAAGGAGGCAUCGCGCGAAGACGAGACUCCCGCCUGUCGGGCCGGGACCGCCUUCUCAUCGGGAAAAUCAAGAAUUACUACGAGAACGCGGAGAAUCGAGACGCCGGCUUCGGCCUCCGGCGCCGGGAGAGUUUGACGUACAUCCCGGCGGGCCUGGUCAAAACCUCGGUCGGCCGCCUCGACGGGCCCCCUGUCGCGGAGUCGCGCUGGCCGCCGGCAAAUUCGAAAGGCCGCGCGGUCUCUGGAGACCUUUCUGACAACGGAACGGUAGCUCAUGCCGACAGGAAAGAUUCGGCGACGUUCGCGGGAGGCUUCUCCGGUGCGGCGGAGGACGAGGAGUUCAGACCUUCCGGCGAUAUGCUCAAAGUCUGGCAGGUGAUGGAGCGGCAGCUUUCCGAGGUGGCAGACGGAAGACCGGAAGAAGAGGGGGCGCGCCGGCCAAGGGAAAACACCUUCAAACGAAGAACCCAGGACGCAAGCCUUCCUCCUGGACCGCACGAGGAGGCUGACGCAGCAGACGGCAAGGUCCGCCAUCUUGCUCGAAGGUACAGCCAGCGCCUCAAAAGCGAUAAAGCGCCGGACGGAAGGACACUGAGUCUUACCGGCAAGAAGAUGUUGGCUCGUGUGCCGGAAGAAUGUCCAGGAAAUGGACCCAGCCCGACCGUGGUAGGGGAUCGGGCACCGUCGCUGAGUCCGGAGCCCACAUCUGGUGCUCCCAGGUCCGCCGAGGGCUUCGACUGGCCCGACGUGCGAGAACUUCGGUCCAAAUAUUCCGAGGCCGACCAAAGUCGUAUCGUCCCAGAGUCGGCAUCACAGAGGCGACGUUCUUCAAGCGAUGCCCCGCCUCGCCGCUCCCACGCCACCUGGAACUCCGCCCACCUGAAAUCCCACAAGGGGCUCCACAGAGCACGAUCUUUAGACCCCGGGCGCAGCGGGGCCAUCAAGCGUAAAACUCGGCAGGAACCGAGCGAGCGUCCCGAGGACGUCGACAACCGGGGACCGCCGAAAGAGCUCUCCCUUAGGACGACAGCGGAACUGGAGGGGGCAACGGGCACCGAUCCCGACGACGCGGAGGCGUACGUGGAGAUCCGCUCCCCGACCAGUCGGGAGAAGAUCUCCCUAUUGGCCGUGGCGGAUCGCUGUCGCGCUUACCAGGAGUCGGACGAGUACCAACUCAGAAGACGGGCUGCCAAGCGGCGAGACGGGGCGAAGACGGCGCUGCUGCAGACUUCCUCCACAGAAAAUUCAGCGGACAGCCAAUACGUCGACAGCAACCUUGUGAAAAACCUUCGAGAAAAGUUCCAGAAGCUCAACUCCUGA